GUUAAGUAAGACACUUGGGCCGAAAACACCCAACACAUCGGUUGUACUCAUCGGUUAGGAGACACAAAUCAGCGUUAUUAUCGAACAUGUUUCGUUGCGGAAUCUCUUAUCCAAGAUGCAGGUGGAUCCUUCCUCUACUUCUGCUGUUUGCGGUGAUUUUUGAUAUUAUUGCCAUCGCAGCGCAGUCUGGAUGGGUUGAAGACCAGGGCGCCAAAUCCCACUACGCCAGCAUGUGGCAACAGUGUCGAGGCCGCAACGAUAAUUGGGAAUGCAAAUCGCUCAUGGAGUUCUCAUGGGCUCAGGCCGUCGCUGCUCUGAUGAUCAUCGGCCUCAUCAUCCUCAUCCUUGCCUUCAUCAUCUCAUUGGUCGCUCUCUGUUGUAGCCUAAACAUCACUCUGCUGCCUGUAAUUGGAGGCUUACUUAUCGUGGCUGUAAUCAUCCAGAUAAUCGCUCUGAUCAUCUACCCCAUCAAGUUCAAUGAGAUCAUCUAUGAAGGUUAUUAUGACUACACCUGGGCAUAUGGCUUUGGUUGGGGCGCCACCAUCCUUAUGUUGGGGUGCGGAAUCCUCUUCUGCUGUCUUCCCCGCUUUGAGGAUGAGCUCUCUGGCAUGGCCAAGACCAAAUACAUCUACACCUCUGCCUGAAACCCCCAAGUAUUCUAUUAAAGGACUGUGUUUUGCCACCCAAGACUGAAUGUCAACGCUCACCACACCACAUUGUGCAAGAUAUGCUGAAGCUUUGUCAUUUUUACACAAACAAAGUGUAGCCGCAUACUGACUGUGAUGAGGGCUGUGGUCGAUGCCCUUGUUCCUUGUUCUUGGGGCUAAUGCAAUCAGCUUUUGAAUUUAUUUGAAUUGGAUUUUCUUUCACAAACAGACUGGGCUUUCCUAUUUGUCAUGAGAAACCCCAUAAAGUGUUUUUCAAAUGUAAUUAAUUAUAAUAGUAGUAACACUAUCAAAAUGCAUUUCCAAGCACCUCAGAAAAUAAUGACGUUUUAAGUACAUGUAGUUUGUUUGAAUUGCACGAAUAAGGACUUCAACACAAAUAAUGAAUUCUGCCAAGUGUAACAUUAACUAAGAUACUAAAUCAACUCAUGAUUAACUCAUCAACACCAAAUGUUUUCACACAUAAGGAUUAAGAAACCAACUGAGCGCCAUGUUGCAUUCCUGACCAGAGAACUGAUGAUUUUAUAGCAGAGCUCGUCUGUCCAUCUCUUAAAGCUGACCACAUUUAUGUCCACAUCACCAAUUAAGGUAAUUGCAUGGUUUAUCAUUUAUUCCCAAACGUUUGAAAUGCUCCAUAGAGGUUUAAAUACUGGCAAAUCUAUUCAGAAUAUUCCUGCACACAGAGGAUUGCCGAAAAACCAAAACUUGCGCAUUUACUCCACUUUUCUAGCAAUGUGUAGAGGCUCGCUCUUGCUAUUUAUUCCACUGCAUUUUGCUAAUUCUGCACAUGUAAUUUAACUAAAUAAUGAUAUCCUCCAUUUUUAAAAUAAGCCUCAAGUGUAACCCAUCAUAAAACGUUCUAAUGUAGAUUUAUGGUGCUUUCACCUGUUUGUAGGCUUAAUUAAUUUGUUCUCAUUUCUUUCAAAAUGUGUGCUUGAAAUUUCACACUUGCUUGACAUUUCGUGCCCCCCACAUAACAUUUUUAUACUUGCACACUGCACAGACAUAAACUAAAAACAGAUAUUAAUGUCACAUUACACAAUUAAUGUAGCCUAUAUAUCCAGUGUCAUCUGGUGAGAAAAAAUAUUAUAUAAAUAAUAUAAUUAAAUUACAAUUUUGAAAAUAAUAAUUAAAAAUAAUUAUACUUAUCUAUUUACCUAUAAUACUUACCUAUCUGAGGCAUAUUCUAUAUAAAUAAACUAUAAAUGUAAGAGUUACCUUUUAAAAUGAGUUUUGAGACACUUCCGGGUUAAGCCACGCCCACAUCUCCAAUUCAGUCCGAGUACAGAAACGGAUACAGAUCAUUUUGUCAUGAUAACAGAUACAGAUAAUGGCUUCGCUGCACACCACUAGUGCAUACUAAUGUAAUUACACUGUAACAUGAACACUGCGAUGUAAAAUGUGGCUGAGUUUUGUUAUUUUUGGACGUCUUGAACAUCUUUAAAUAUCAGCAUAAAGAAAUCAUUUGUAUAAUGUUUAUGCUGUUUUGUGUCAUUCCAUGUCGACUGUUUUGUUUGUCAUUAUAGCAGUCAUGCAUAAUAGAUUGCACACUAGUGAUGUCCCCCAAAGUGCUCUUACUGUCAGCAAACAAUGCAACUGGCCAAGUCCAGUGUGUAUGAAUAAAGCUUAUUUUUUUAGCAAUAUAGAUGACGAAGUGAUAGUAUGAUUUAAAAAAAAUAUAUAUUGAUACAUUUGUGCCUUGAUAAGUUCACAGCUUAAAAUGAGUAUCUGGUUAUUUGAGUGCUAAUGUGGAAACCAAAAAGAAUAACCACCUCAAGGCGAAAUGAUAUCAAAUGUAUAUUCUGCUAGGCUUGUAUACUAUGCAAUGUUGUAGGUUUUCACUACGUUCUUACUAAAUUUUGUAACCAUUUUGAAGGUUGUGUUAAUUGUGGUUCUUUGUGUUCUGAAUUGUAAACCAUACUUCAAUAAAAGGGAGAUUUACUAUUAA